AUGCCAAUCACUCUGCCCCCAAAGACAGUUGAUGUAAAUCGUCAGCAAUCAGGAGUAGGAGAAAAAAGUUUAGUUUAUCUCAGACAGAGUGGAUCAGAGAUACUAGGAGUCCCCUAUGAAACUGAUGGAAAGUCGGUUUUUCAUGCAGAGGAUGGCAAUAAGAUUAACAAUUCGGGGGUUGAGGGCACGACAUUUUACAAAUCUGGAAGAACUGCAUACAGAUACAAAGAUGAUGGAAGGAAAGAAUAUGUGACAAUGUCAGAUUCAGCAUUUCCAGUUUCUUAUCAUCAGAAGACCGAAAUAUUUGAAUCGGAUCAAAAUAAAGAGAAAAUACCUUUCUACCAAGACAGGUCCCCUGAAGAUUUAACAUCCGGGCGCAUUUACAGAAAACAAACCGAGUGGAGGACAGAGAGAGCUACCCAAGACGACACACAACCUCGGGUGUACAAAAAAUGGAAAGUGAUUGAGAAAACUGAAGCAUAA